UACUCGACGGUGGGCUCCGUGGCCGAGGUCAACUCCAAGUUCAGCACGCUCAAGAUCGUCGACAUGAAGCAGACGGCCGAGUACACGGACGACCUGUACGGCCUCAAGACGCUGGACACGGCCGGCGCUCUCCACAUCCACGAGGUGCCCGACGUGCCGCACAACUGCUGGCUGUUCGACUACACGUCGCUGGCCACCAAGGUGCUCUGCAAGCACAAACCUGUGUACGACGCCGAGAUCUACCCCCUGCUGGUGUAA